AUGACGGAGCAUGCUCUAGCCGAAUCUGGGGCUAGCAUAAAUGUAAUGCCAUACAACUUGUUCUUGAAACUGGGAUUAGAAGGCCUAAGGCCUACAAGAAUGACAUUGCAGCUUGCUGAUAGAUCAGUGCGACGGCCUCGAGGGGUAGUCGAAGAUGUCCUUGUUAGAGUUAACAAACUCAUCAUUCCUGUAGAUUUUGUGAUUCUAGAUGUGGGUGAUGAUGUUGAGGUUCCCUUAAUCCUUGGACGUCCAUUCCUUAAUACUUUAGGUGCUCUAAUUGAUGUUCAAGAGGGCAAGAUGACCUUGAGGGUCGGAGACGAGCAAGUGGUCUUCACCCUCCCUGAAGGAAUGAAGCACACACUUGAUCAUGAUGACAAACUAUACUUCACUGAUACUACUGAUGAGAUUAUUUCUGAUUGUGUGUAG